AUGGAAGAUAAUCGAGAAUUCGAUGAAGCUACAGGUUAUUUAAUUUUUUCUCGAACCGCAUCUCGAACCGAAGUUAGAGGUGUUACAGAAGAUGCGUUUCCUUCUUAUGUAGAUGUAUCAGAAGUAUGGUACCGGUAUAAUUGUAUCGUCAGAGAAUGUUUGCAAGAGGCUUUAAAAUUCCUUGCCUCAAAGGAUGAUGACGAAUACGAGUACUCGCGGAAGGCUAGAAGCUUUCUAGGCAACUUUGAUAAAUACAUGGAUUCUUACUCUGUAGAGCAAUGCUGGAACGGCCUUAAAUUACGAGAAGAACGAGAUAAAACUCGCACCGAUCAACUGAUUUUAGAAGAAAAAAAGGACGCAUCAGUCAUUCGUAAUGGAGAUGACGAGAGGCGAAGCGUAAAAGAUCCAGUAAUGUUUUUUUCGACUACACGGAGAAUCCCAAAAGAGAAACAAGAACCAAGAUCAAAACGAACACGUGGAAAAGUGAGCAGUGAUAAGGGUAUUAUCGAUCCAUCAAUAGAAACUUCAGAGGUACCAAGUCCAGAAGAUGCUACUACUUCGUAUGAAAUUACUCCAAGCACAUCCCAUUGUGCAGAAGAACCUAAAAAGGAAAGUGAUUGA